GGCCCAACUUCCAACUGCCAUUCCCAAUCCCAUCAUCAUCAUCAUCUCAUUCCAUCUAUUCACAUAAAUAUAUCAUCUCCCCUUUCUUUCUUGGUUAAUUUUCCUCACCCUCCCUUUCAGUCCAAUGGCUUCCCCAAUUACCUUCCUCCCCGUUGUUCUUGCUCUUGUUGUCUCGCUCCGCUGUCCCUCAGUUAAUGGUGAUCAAGAGAUUCCUGGACAAAUGGUGGUUGAAUCCUUCAAAUGCUUUGACAAUAAGUUUAUAUACAAUGGUUGUGAAAGUGCUUAUAGAUUGAACCCAAGUGGGAGUUUCAAUGUCCCUCCUGAGGCUACUAACCUAUUUUGCAAUGGACCAUGUUUGAUCGAAACACAACUUUUGCUCAACUGCCUUGACAACAGUUUUCAUAACUUCUUGUUCUACAACAAAGCCACCGCACAAAGCGUUCGAAACGCCCUUCGUAUUGGCUGCAGCUUCUCAAGCCAAAGAGGGAACUUCAAUCAAGGAUUGUUCAUGCAAGGUGAAUUAAGUAAAGCUCACACCUUCCAAGAAUGGUUCUUCCUCCAUUAUUCUUUUCUUCUUCUUGUUGGCUGUUGUUUUCUCAUCUUAUAACAAUAUCUUUCACACUAAUAUACAUAAAAAGGGAACAUUAUAUUAUUUUGCAUCAUAACAUUAAUUUAAACUUCACUCUUCUUUCUUCAAUGGGCAAAGAAGAGCAGCCAAAGCCAUUUCUCUCCA